AAAGUCCUUUUUGGCGCCACCUUCACUCCGUAUUCCGCAUCGUCCGCCUCGCCCCCUUUCGACGCCAACGAUGCCGACGGAGCUGUCUCCGAUCAAGUCCAAGCGGAUGGAGGAGAAGGCCUCUCUCCAGAAACUCAACUCCCGUCUGGAGAUGUAUGUGCUGGGUGUGAACGAGUUGGAAGGAGCCAAACAUGCAGCCGAGAGGGAGCUGGAGACUAUCAGACAGCGUAUGCAGCUCGAGCUUGAGAGCGUGCGCUCCAGGCUGACCAAGGAGCUGGAGGAAACUCGCAAGAAACUGAACGAUGAGAUCGACCAGAAUGCGAAGCUGCAGACACUGGAACAGGAACAACACAAGGAGCUAGUGAAGCUCCGAGCCCAGCAGACAGAGCUGGGAGAAGCCAAGGUUUUAGUGGAGACGCUGCGAGUGCAGCUGGACAGAGAGAAGGCCAAUGCUGUAUCAGCCAAGGAGACGCUCUCGGAGCAGACUACGCAGCUCAACUUGGCCAGACGUCGCGUGAAGGAACUGGAGCGUGAACUUCGUGGGCAUUCGGCAGCACUGGGCGACGCAACAAAAGAGCUGGAGGAACUACGCAAGAAGAGCGUGGACUUUGACUUGACGAGAGAUGCAGAGCUGACCAAGUUACGACGCGAGUGGACAGCUAAGCACUUGGAGGCACAGGCACAGUGGAAGAAAGACGCAGAGGACCGACUGCAGUCGAUGGAGAUGGAAGUACGAAGCCACUUUGAAAGCGUCUCGGGUAGUCUGCAGACUCAGUUGGAUGACGUGCGAACUGAGCUGGAGAGCACCAAGACGGAGCUGGAUCGGACGGCCAAUGACUAUGAAGAGAGCUUGAAGGCCCGACAGUCGCUUACUGAGAAGGUGGCUCAGCUGGAGCGUGAGUACCGUGAAGUGCGAUCCAAGGCGACCAAGGACCGUAAAGCUUACGAAGAAACGCUGGAGAGAUUCCGGUCGUCUAAAGUGGCUAAGGAGCGUGAGUUUAAUGAGCUGAUGGAUGUCAAGAUCGCUUUGGAUGCUGAGAUUAUGAAGUACCGACGCAUCUUGGACCGUGAGGAAAGUCGAGUGGCCGUAGCUACGCCCAAUACAAAGGGCCGCAAGCGGAAGAGCGAGAGCUCGAACGGCACUUCGUCGAAGCGAGCAAAGCGUGCGAUUAUCGAGACAGAAACGUUUUCAUCUUCAGCGUCGGCGGUGCAAAUUGCGUCGAUGAACUUGGAGAAGGACCGUAUCGUGAUCAAAAACUCUAGCAGUGAUCCUGUGCCUCUAGGCGGCUGGGUCGUGCGUGCCCAGAUGGACCAGAUUUUCCGCUUCCCGGCGACCUAUGUGAUGCGACCACAGUCGACGCUGACAGUGCAUUCCAGCAAGAGAAACAAAAACGCGAAGAACGAGCGGAAGAAAGGCGAAGACUCGUUUCUGGCCAACAAGUUCACGCUUAACCCGAAGGGCGACUUUGUCGUCCUAGUGAACUCGGAUGACAUUCCUGUGAGCAUGAUGAGCGAAGGACUACCCGCAGAGGAGGUUCGGGCGAUUGAGGCAGAACUCCGCGCAGAUUUUAUGGACGACGAGGUCCCUCCCUCUGGAAACUGCGGCAUGAUGUAGAGCAGGCAAAAAGCAACUGAAAAUGACGCAAGCAAGAGAAGAAGACUCGAAAAAGGCCCCUUUUGCGUGUGAUAGCCCCACCUUUCUUGGAAAACUGCUUGCCGUAAUAAAAGCAAUAACUCACUCUUUUAACUUUAUUUUUUUUAUACAGAUCAAGAAGACAUUACCGGAACUGUCAGAUGCUGCUGACUGUAUUUGAGGUCGAUCACAACUAGUAUGUCCGAAUGGCUCGAUGCUUCGAUUUAAUUUCAUGACUGCUGGACGCAUAAGACGCUUGGGUUGUUACCUGCGCUGCUGUUGCGGUUGGAGCACACUUACAGUGAAAGUGCUAGCUUGGCUACAUUUUUCGACAAUGAUACGUGACGCUGUCCUGGUAAGAUGCAAGAAUGUGGAGUAUUGCGACUGCGCCAUCUCUCGUGAGCGAACAUCGAGGCAACACAGUGAUCCUACCACUGAGAGCUCGUCGCGACUGAAAAUGGGAAAGCCGGCGUAAAACUGGAUGCCAUAGUCGGCUACAAAGUUCAAGUUGCAGAAGCGGAUGUCAGCCUCCGG